UAGCCAGAUGCGCCAGGAGCUCACGUCUAUGCAGGGCCUCUGCCCGGUCAGAUGGGGCUUCUGCCCCUCACUUUCCAGCCCGUAGCCAGGCCCUGACAGCUCAGAGUGAUGGCUGGCUCCAAACGGCAUAUCCUGGCCUGGAGCCGGAGACGGCUAAUUCCUGUCUGGGCUGGGGUUGUGCCGUGUCCAGGCCAGUGACAGGCUGCCAGGGAGCCCAGCGCCACGAGGGAUUCACCGGGACUGCCCUGCUUCCCGGGAGCUGGGGCUGCAGACACACACCAUCGCCCCCACCUGCGGUCUCGGGGGGAGGAGCUGGCUCUCGGCGGCCAGCGCCAUGGGCUUCGGGACGGAGCUGUGCGGCCCCCAGGCACACAGCGCCCUGCUGCAGCUGCAGGACUCUGAGCUGCGCCUCCUGGAGCUGAUGAAGAAGUGGAUGGUGCAGCGAGCCAAGAGCGACAGGGAGUACGCGGCCCUGCUGCACAACGCGUUCUGCCAGCUGGAGAAGCAGGAGUGCUUCGGGCAGCCCCCACCAGGAGACUACAAAAGCCAGAUCAGCGAGUCCUGGUGGGUGCUGGCGAACCAGACGGAGGUGCUGAGCCAGAUCCUGCGGCGCCAUGCGGAGGACCUGGCCGCUGGGCCCCUGAACAAGCUGAGCCUGCUGAUCCGCGACAAGCAGCAGCUCCGCAAAGCCUACAGCGAUCAGUGGCAGCAGCUGAACCAGGACUACGUCAGGACGAGCCAGCAAGAGCUGGAGAAGCUGAAGUCGCAGUACCGGAGCCUGGCCCGGGACAGUGCCCAGGCCAAGCGCAAGUUCCAGGAGGCCAGCAAAGACAAGGACCGGGACAAGGCCAAGGACAAGUACGUGCGGAGCCAGUGGAAGCUCUACGCCCUGCACAACCAGUACGUGCUGGCCAUCCAGGCCGCCGAGCUGCACCGUACGCUGUACUUCCAGCAGGCGCUGCCCGCCCUGCACCGCUCCCUGCAUGGCCUGCACCAGGAGAUGGCGCUCGUCCUGAAGGAGAUUCUGCAGGAGUACGCCGAGGUCAGCAGCCUGGUUCAGGAGGAGGUGGGCUCCGUGCACCAGGAAAUCGCCCACGCCAUCCAGGCGAUCGACCCCGCAACAGAAUACGACAGCUUUCUCCAGCAGCAGAGGUGUGUGAGCGAGAUCCCGCCCAGGCUGACGUUCGACGAGAGCCUGCUGGAGGAGAGCGAGGACCUGGAGGCCGACGAGCUGCAGCUGAAUGAGCUGACAAUAGAGAGUGUGCAGCACACCCUGACGGCCAUGGAGGAGGAACUAGCCACUGCCACGGAGGCCAUGAGCAGCAAAGGGCAGCGUGUCCAGGACCUGCAGGCCGAGCUCCUGGGCGAGGAGCGGAGCGUGAGGCCCCGGGAGCGGGUGCACCUGCUGGGGAAGCGCCAGGCUCUGCAGGAGGCGCAGCUGCAUUUCCAGGUCUCCCUGUGCGCCCAGGCCAAGCUGCAAGUCCAGCGGGACGUGCUGCGCCGCAAGCUGGACCAGCUGGGCUCCAGCGCCCCCCCUCCAGCCCUGCCCCUGCAGGACGACAGGCAAUCGCUCUCCUCCACGGAGCCGGAGCCGGAGCGCCCAGGAGCCAGCGCGCUGGAGACCCUCAGGAAUCACAUCUCGGGCAUCUUCCGCCCCAAGUACUCGGUGCCGCCCGCCCUGCCGCUCCUCCCCGAAGUGCAGAAGCCCCUGUGCCAGCAGGCCUGGUACCACGGCGCCAUCCCCCGGGCGGAGGUGCAGGAGCUGCUGCUCCACAGCGGGGACUUCCUGGUGCGGGAGAGCCAGGGGAAGCAGGAGCACGUGCUGAGUGUGCUGUGGGAUGGGCAGCCCCGGCACUUCAUCAUCCAGGCCUGCGAUGACAUGUACCGGCUGGAGGGCGAGGGCUUCCGCACCAUCCCGCUGCUCAUCGACCAUUUCCUGCAGAGCCGGCAGCCCAUCACCAAGAAGAGCGGAGUCGUCCUGGCCAAGCCCAUCCCCAAGGACAAAUGGGUGCUGAACCACGAGGACGUGCUGCUGGGCGAGCGCAUCGGGCGGGGUAACUUUGGGGAGGUGUUCAGCGGCCGCCUGCUCGCUGACAACACCCCGGUGGCUGUGAAGUCCUGCCGCGAAACCCUCCCGCCGGAGCUCAAGGCCAAAUUCCUGCAGGAAGCCAGGAUCCUGAAGCAGUACAGCCACCCCAACAUCGUCAAGCUUAUUGGCGUCUGCACCCAGAAGCAGCCCAUCUACAUCGUCAUGGAGCUGGUGCAGGGGGGGGACUUCCUGACCUUCCUGCGCAGCGAGGGGCAGCAGCUGAAGGUGAAGGAGCUGCUCAAGAUGACGGCGAAUGCUGCUGCUGGGAUGGAGUAUCUGGAGAGCAAGCACUGCAUCCACCGGGACCUCGCAGCUCGUAACUGCCUGGUGACGGAGAAGAACUCGCUGAAGAUCAGUGACUUUGGGAUGUCGCGGGAGGAGGAGGACGGGAUCUACGCCUCCACAGGAGGCAUGAAGCAGAUUCCUGUGAAAUGGACAGCGCCAGAGGCACUGAAUUAUGGCCGCUACUCCUCAGAGAGCGACGUCUGGAGCUUCGGGAUCCUGCUGUGGGAAGCCUUCAGCCUGGGCGCCAUCCCCUAUUCCAACCUGAGCAACACCCAGACGCGCGAAGCCAUUGAGCAAGGGGUGCGGCUGGACCCCCCCGAGCAGUGUCCCGAGGACGUGUACAGGCUGAUGCAGAGGUGCUGGGAGUACGAUCCCCGGAAACGGCCCAGCUUCAGCACCAUUCACCAGGAGCUCGCCAGCAUCCGCAAGAGGCAGCGGUAACAGACCGCGGGCUCCCAGGCCAGGAGACGCUGCCCUGGGCUGGAGCUGUCAGCCCAGGGCCCUUGGGCAGAGCCCACGCUGGUGCCGACUGCCCCCAGCAGCACUGCGAACGCCCGGUGUGACCACCCGUGGACUCGUCUUCCACCAUGGCCUGGCAUGACCAUGGUCAGCGCAGGCUCCAGCCAUCGCCGUCGGCCAGCCCCAGGCUGUUGGUUGCCUCCUGGGUGCAGAGAGACCCUGGGCCGUAGGGUCUCCAGCCUGCGCCUGCCCCAGCUGUCAGGCUGCGGGACAGAUGGGCCAAGCCCUUCUCUUCUGCUCUGGGGUGGGUAUUUCCUCUGGAGUAAAAACCACUCCCUCCUCACCCCGUCAGUGCUGCGGCUCCUGCACUGGGUCCCUGGGGAACGGCCUCCGUGGGGACCUGCUCAGACGAACUGGCCCCUUCUGCCCCUGCAGGGUGCUCCCCCGGGCCUCGGAGCCAAAGCUGCUGCCAGAGCCCCAGCCCUGCUCUUUCUGUGCAUUGCCGGGAGCCUGGGGCUCGGCCUAGCCUGGCUCCUGGGCCCGGGCCAUGGUGCUGGCAGGCGGAAGAAGCCGCUUGGCACUAGGACACAGACGUGUUCUGCAGCCCAGAGACCUGUGCCCGGAGCCCCACCCUCCUGGGGCCCCAGUUACUCAGACCAGCAGUCCACAGGGAGCCUCUCACUGCGGGGCUGGGCCACGGGUAUCCGUGGAGCUAGGCAUGUGCCUGUGUGACCGACGGCCCAGGACAGUCUCUGGCUGGCACCUGAUCUGUAUGCAUGCUCCCAGGGACUGGAAAUCCGGCUGUGGCCAUGCCAGCCAGCACCACGGGCUGUGCCCCUCGCUAAGACUGCUGCGUUCAGCUCUAGGCACCAGAAAUGGCUCUGGCAGGGGCCAGCAUCUCGUGUCUUAGGCAGGGCCUUGCCCUCUGUGCUGACAAGGCCUCCCCAGUGCCCGGAGCCGGCCAGCCCAGCAUUUACCGAUGUUCUGGACUCCAUGUGUGGCCAUAGCACCAGUGGCCCUGGUCAGGGCCCCACUGUGCCAGGCGCUGUACAGCCACAUCCACCUGCCCCCCAGAGCUACAGUCUGAGCAUAGCAGGGCCGACAGGUGCAUGCUGUGACGAGUGUGAAGCUUGGUAAGAUUUGUAUGUUGCCAAUGAAUGCCUCAGUUUCCCGCUGUGCUUUGUCCUGCUGUGCUGUCACGGAUCCACAGGAUCUCUUCGGUGCCUCUGCUAUUAAACUGUCCCUUGGAAUCACCCCUUCAGUAUGCCAGUCCCCCCAGGGAAUCCCCUCCUCCUUCAGGGUAGCCCAUGCCUCUGGGCUCCAGCCUCCUGUUUCACAGCAUGAGCUCUGCCUGGCAGAGACUCGCUGCCUUCGCCAGGGAUCACAGCACCUGGGCCAGUGUCUGCAGUGACCCCAGGCAGCCUCUUCCAAACCAGGGAGGGUUUGUUAGUCACGUGGCACAGGGCAUGGCAUGGCCUUAGAGUUCAGCCUGGCUGGCGGCAGGGCACUGCCCAGCCAAGCGGCUCUGGCUCUGGCAGUCCCGCAGGGGAGCCCCGGGUCUCGCCACAGGCCAGCUCUUCAGACAGCCCCCUGACACCUUCCCUGAGCUGGAGAAUCGGGGCAGAGGCGGGAGGAAAUCGCCUUCCUCUUGGACCUGGGCUACAUGCCGAAGCCAGGUCGCCGUAGCCAAGUCACCGUGCGUGUGGCUGCACUUCAGUCUGCCUCCCGCCGAUGGCUGAGCCCCCUUGUGCCCCCGGGCAGCGCUGAGCCAGGGCCAUGCCUGGGGGUCGACGCAGCACGCACGUAGCCACUGCCUUGCCUAUGUCGGCCCUCACAGGCCUCCAGCUACCCGCGGCCAGUAGACCUCCCCUCCCUCUUCAAACUGCUGCCAAGGCUUGAAAUGCCUUUCCCUGGUUGUCUGGCUCGGCGAGCAGACCUUGCUGCUCUCCCCUUGUCUAGAACCUCGUCAGCCUAGACAUGGGGCAGGCAUUGAACUUGGGGAUGGCAUUAAGCCUCUGGUAAUCCACACAAAACCAGACUGACCCGUCCUUGGGGAUAAGCACCACAGGCGAGGCCCAGGGGCU